UUCAAGUGCCACUCAAAAGCACACGACCGCGAUUUUGAACUCCCGGAGGUCGGGAAAGAGAGGGUGAGACCAGCAGCGUGGUCAUGGGCAGCUCGUUCGGGCUCGUGGAUUUCAGGGGGAGGCCGGUUGACACCGGCAGGCAUGGAGGAGUCAGAGCUUCCAUGUUCAUUUACAUCAUGGUAUGGCUCGGCAACGUGGUCAACGUCGCCAACAACAUGAACAUGGUGAGCUACCUCCGCGGGACGAUGAACAUGGGCGUCGCGGCCGCGGCGACCACAAGCACCAACUUCCUUGCCGCGCUGCAGAUGUUCACCAUCCCGGCGGCCUUUCUCGCCGACUCAUACAUCAAGCGCUUCUACACCGUCCUCAUAUUCGCCCCUGUCGAGAUUUUGGGAUACAUCUUGCUAGCCGUCCAAGCACACGUCCCCUCGCUUCACCCGCCAGCAUGCAGCCCUAGCGAACCACAAAGCUGUGAGCCCGUGCACGGCGCCAACCUCAGCCUGCUCCUCCUCGGCAUCUACAUGAUCUGCAUCGGCGAGGGGGCCAUCCGGGCAUGCCUACCGGCGCUCGGCGGCGAUCAGUUCGACAAUGCCGACCCCGUUGAACGACGGCUGGAGGCGAGCUUCUUCAACUGGUACACCUUCUCCGUGUCGAUGGGAGCCUUCUUCGGGCUCAUCUUCAUUGUGUGGCUGGAGAACAACAAAGGAUGGGACGUUGGCUUUGCCGUCUGUGCUGGGAUUGUGCUGCUUGGGUUGCUCAUCUGGGCGGCCGGGUUCCCCUUCUACCGCAACCAGUUGCCUGCUGGGAGCCCCAUCACUAGGAUUAUGCAGGUUAUUGUAGUAGCAUGGAAGAAAAGAAAUCUUAAGCUCCCUGCUAACCCUGACGACUUAAACCAGAUGACUGGUGAUGAUGCUGAAGGCCUUGAGGUGCUACAUAGAACAGAAGGCUUACAGUUUCUGGAAAAAGCAGCAAUAAUAGACAACGGAGCGAGAGGUUCAUGGUCCCUCUGCGACGUAACCCAAGUCGAGGAGACCAAGAUCGUGUGCCGCAUGAUCCCGAUCUUCCUAACGUCGGCGCUCGGCUACACGCCCGUGUCCAUCAUCCUCAGCUUCACCGUCCAGCAGGGCAACACCAUGGACACGAGGCUGGGCGCGAUCCGCGUGUCCCCCGCGACGCUCUUCCUCAUCCCGACCAUCUUCCAGCUGGUGAUCCUGGUCGUGUACGACCGGCUGCUCGUGCCGCUCCUGCGCAGGGCCACCGGCUACGUCGGCGGCGUCACCCACCUCCAGCGCAUCGGCGUCGGCUUCGUGGCCACGGUGCUGGCCAGCGCGGCUGCGGCCCUCGUGGAGACGAGGAGGAAGGGGGUGGCGGAAGGGAGCGGCCUCGUGGACUCGCCCGCCGGGGUCCCGAUGUCAGUGUUCUGGCUGACGCCGCAGUUCUUCCUGCUCGGGGUGGUGGACGUCACCUCCUUCGUCGGCCUCCUCGAGUUCUUCUACAGCGAGGCCUCCGCCGGGAUGAAGUCCAUCGGGAGCUCCGUGUUCUACUGCAUGCUGGGGCUAUCCGCUUGGUUCUCCACCUUGACGAUUCAGCUGGUGAACCGGGUGACGAGGCACGGUGAUGGGGAGGCGGGGUGGCUGGAUGGAGCCAACCUCAACAGGAGCAGGCUUGAUUCCUUCUACUGGUUGGUUUGUGUUCUUGAGUUGGUCUCCUCGGUGGUCUACCUCUUCUUGGCGAGGAGGUACUUGUACAGGAAUGACCAAAGGGUUGCCGCCGAAGAUGACAAGGAGAUCCCGUCUGCUGGUUAUGUGGAUGGGACCUAAUAUUGAGAUAGUAAAGUUGCUUUGCUUAUAUUGGGUACUUUGUCAUUUGUCAAGACGGCUUGGUUGCCAUGUAUGUCGUUGAACUACGCUUUGGACCUCUCGCUAUGAUAUUGUACAACCAUGUGCAUUGAUUA